AUGGAUGAGAAUGAAGAAUUUGAGGAUGAGUUUGAGGAAGAGGAGCUUAUCGAGGAAGAGCCUGGCGUUCCUGCGAGGAGAGUGGUCAGGAAGAAGGUUAAGGUGGACACCUCCAAGUUCAUGACUCCUUACUUGGCCCACAGCCAGAAGAUGCUGGACUUGUUCUCCUACAACAAGUACCGUCAUGCCUAUGACAAGGCUAAGGGGAAACCCUAUGCCAUCACGGCUGACACCCCUGAGAUGAUGAGGAUCAAGAAGGCUCAGGAGCAGCUGUCUGAGGUGAAGUACCGCAUGGAGGGCAAUAAGGUCAGGUGUACCAGUUUGUAUGAUGGGGAGGCUAGAGAGAUCGCCCAUGUCAAGCAUGUCUCUGAGCUGAUCAGCAAGGUUCUGUACAGGGCCAAGUGGGAUGAGACAAAGGACAGGUACCUGCUGCCCCCUGAUGCCCCGGAGCUUGUCCUGGCUGUGAAGAACGCUGCCAACUACAGCAAGAAACUGUACACGGAGCAAUGGGAUGAGGACAAGACCAUGUGCUAUCCUUACAGCGAUUCUCCGGAGCUGCGCAGGGUGGCCAAGGCACAGGAGGUCCUCAGUGAUAUCCUGUACAAGAAGGGGCAUGCUGAGCGAACGGCAAAGUACACAUCUCUGGCUGUGCCUAAUGAUAUGGAGCUGGCCAAGAAAAAUUUUGAACAGCGCAGUGACCUCAAGUACCAUGAGGACUACAACAAGAACGUCAAGGGCCACUGGUGUGAGACGCCCUACAUUGAGGUGGCUAUUGCCAGGGUAGCUAUGGACAACCUUAGCAAUAAAAUGUACACGGCUGCGUAUGAGGACAUAAAAGACCAAAUCAAUUUUAUGCAAACCGAGACGCCAGAAUACAAACAGCACAAGAAGGCUGGUCACGCUGCUAGCUCGAUCAAAUACAAGAAGGAUUACGAGAACAGCAAAUCGGUAGCUGACUACAACGUUCUCCCAGCCACAGACAACCCUCUGCUCAGGCAGCUGAGAUACGCUGGCACCAUCUUGAGUGACAAAGUCUACAAGGCCAGCUAUGAGAAAUCAAGGGGGUCAAGUAUCAACUACUGUGACACCCCCAAGUUCAAGAUGGACUCUGUUGUACAACAGUUUAGUGACGCACAUUAUAAAGACAAGUAUGAGAACGAGGUGAAGGGCCACUAUAUUGGCAGCUAUGAGGAUAUCUACAUGCAACACUGCAAGAAAAUGGAGGAGAUCAAGAGUGAACAAAACUACAAAGCUGAUUAUGAGGACAUCAAGACAAGAUGUUUCUAUCCUCAAACCAUGUCGCCAGAAUAUGAAGCUCAUAAGAAAGUUGCCCAGUGUAAAGAUAAAGUGUACCGGCAACAUCCGGGUACGGUGAAGUUUACGCAAGUGACAGACUCGCCUGUUCAAGUGCAAGCCGCCAUCAACGCUAAACAGCUGAGUGAUCUCAACUAUCACGCAGCAUAUGAGUUGGAUAAGUUUAAGUGUGCCCUGCCCCCAGACUACCCCUUCUUCAUCCAGUCCAGAGCCAAUGCAUAUAACCUUAGUGAUAGUUGUUAUAGGUAUGAUUGGGAGAAAGUGAAAGCCAAGCAGUUCGAGGUCAAGGGUGAUGCUAUCUCGAUCCUUGCAGCCCGUGCCCACACAAACAUAGCGAGUGAUGUCAAAUACAAGAAGGAAUUUGAGAAGAACAAGGGAAAGAUGGUGGGAGCCCUCAGCAUCCAUGACGACCCCAAGAUUAUGCACUCCAUGCACGUGGCCAAAAUCCAGAGUGAUCGCGAGUACAAAAAGAACUAUGAGAAGACAAAAACCAAGUACAUCACCACGCUGGACAUGAUGUCUAACACCCUGGCCAAGAAGUCCCAGGGUAUCGCCAGCAUGGCCGGCUACAGAACCAUCCACAACCGCUACCUCCUGCCUCAUGACGCCAUGUCGCUGGACCUGGCCAAGAAGGCCAACAUCAUCCAGAGUGACAAUGAAUACCGUUCAGACUACAACAACUCCACCAAGGGCUCUGGUUGGGUCGCCUUCGGCUCCAUGGAAGUGGAGAAGGCCAAGAAAGCUGGAGAUAUCCUCAAUGAGAGAAAGUACCGUCAGCACCCAGACACUGUCCCCUUCACCUCCAUCGCUGAUCACCCCGUCAUGAUGCAGGCCCAGGUCAACCAGAUUAUGAGGAGUGAUCUUCACUACAAGAAGGGUCUUGAGGAGAUCCAUCAGAAGUACUCUCUGCCCCAUAAUGACCCCCAGUUCCUUCAGGCCAAAUGCAACGCCUACAACAUCAGCAAGAACUACUACAAGCAGAGCUGGGAGAAAACCAUUGCAAAGGGCUACGACAUGAGGCCAGAUGCUAUCUCUGUCAUCCAUGCUAAGCACGGCAGACAUAUUGCCAGUGAUAUCCAGUACAAGAAAGACUAUGUGAAGGGAAAGGGCAAACAAAUCGGCUGCCGCAAUCUUCAGGAUGACCCCUUGCUGGUGCACUACAUGGAUGUGGCCAGGUUGCAGAGUGACAAGAACUACAAGAAGGACUACCACAAGUCAAAGCUGAAGUUCCACUCUCCAGUUGACAUGAUGAGUGUUGUACAUGCCAAGCACGCCUCCACAGUGCAGACCUUUGCUGGCUACAGGAAGAUCCAGCACCACUACAGUCUUCUGCCUGGGUCCAUGAAUCUUGAGCUGGCUCGCACCAUGAACACCAAUGCCAGUGAUGUGAACUACAAAGCGGAUUGGGAGAACUCUGUGAAGGGAACUGGCUGGAUCCCCAUCGGCUCCAUUCCUGUGGAGCUAGCCAAGCAGGCCGGGGCUGUUCUGGAUGAGCACAAGUACAGGCAGCACCCUGAAAACUUUAAAUUCACCAGCAAGAUGGACGGCAUGAAUAUGGAACUGUGCAAGCAUAACCAAAAGAUCAUGAAUGUUCAAGAAUAUAAAGCCAGUGGAGAGAAGUUCCUGCACACUUACAAUCUCCCUGCAGAUGCACCAGAGUUUAUGCAAGCCAAAUACAAUGCUGUCAACAUCAGCAAGAACUAUUACACAUAUGCUCACCGUCAAGACAUUCUCAAAGGACAUCAGGUGAAGGCAGAUGCCAUCCCCAUCAUCGCUGCCAGGGCCUGCACUAAUAUUGCCAGCAAUUACAAGUAUAAGCUGGCGUACGAGAAGGGAAGAGGCAAGCAUGUUGGCUUCCGCAAUGUUAAGGACGACCCCUUGCUGGUGCACUACAUGGAGGUGGCUAAAAUGCAGAGUGAGCAGAACUACAAGAAAGACUACCACAAGUCAAAGCUGAAGUUCCACUCUCCAGUUGACAUGAUGAGUCUUGUGCAUGCUAAGCACGCCUCCGCAGCGCAGACCUUUGCUGGCUACAGGAAGAGCCUUCACAACUACACUCUUCUCCCUGAGGCUAUGCCUGUUCACCUGGCUCGCACCAUGAUGGAUAUCCAGAGCAACAACGCCUACAAGUCCGACUACAACAACAUGUACAAGGGUACUGGCUGGGUUCCUAUUGGCUCUAUGCAGGUGGAGUUGGCUAAGACAGCCAUGGCAGCCCGAGAUGAGCAAGGCUACCGUGUGCACCCCAGCACCCUGAAGUUCACCAGUCUGACUGGCCAGAUGAACAUGGCCCUUGCCAUGACCAACACCAAGCUACUUGAUGAUGCUUCAUACAGAGCAUCUGGCGAGAAGUUCAAGCACACCUACAACCUGCCUGCAGACAGCCCCCAGUUCCUCCAGGCCAAGUGCAAUGCUCAGACCAUGAGCGAGUCUCACUACAAGCACAAGUGGGUGGAAGAUAUUGCCAAAGGAUACGACAUGAGGCCAGAUGCUAUCUCUGUCAUCCAUGCUAAGCACGGCAGACAUAUUGCCAGUGAUAUCCAGUACAAGAAAGACUAUGUGAAGGGAAAGGGCAAACAAAUCGGCUGCCGCAAUCUUCAGGAUGACCCCUUGCUGGUGCACUACAUGGAUGUGGCCAGGUUGCAGAGUGACAAGAACUACAAGAAGGACUACCACAAGUCAAAGCUGAAGUUCCACUCUCCAGUUGACAUGAUGAGUCUUGAACAUGCCAAGCACGCCUCCACAGUGCAGACCUUUGCUGGCUACAGGAAGAUCCAGCACCACUACACUCUUACCGCUGACUCCAUGAACCUUGUGUUGGCUCGCACCAUGAAUGCCAGUUCCAGUGACUAUGAGUACAAGUCUGACUGGAACAACUCUGUGAGAGGAACAGGAUGGAUUCCUAUUGGCUCAUUGCCGGUGGAACUUGCAAAGGUUGGCGGGGACAUCCAGAGUGAACAAAAGUACCGUACACACCCCUCUAAAUUCCAGUUCAAGAAGCUGAUGGACUCUAUGGACAUUGUCCUGGCCACUGACAACAACAAGAUCAUGAACAAGCAAGAAUACACAAAAAAAUGGCACAAUGACAAGCUCACAGUCCAUGUGAUGCCAGAUGCCCCUGAGAUUGUCCUGGCCAAGGCUAAUGCUAUCAACAUGAGUCAGAAAACCUACAAAGCAGGCCUGGCGAAGAUGUAUAAGAAUGGUUACGACUUGAAGGUUGAUGCCAUAGCCAUUCAGGCUGCCAAGCAGGGCACCAAAAUCGCCAGUGACUACAAGUACAAGCUGAGUCACCGAAUGAAUAGGGGAAAACAAAUCGGCUGCCGCAAUCUUCAGGAUGACCCCUUGCUGGUGCACUACAUGGAUGUGGCCAGGUUGCAGAGUGACAAGAACUACAAGAAGGACUACCACAAGUCAAAGCUGAAGUUCCACUCUCCAGUUGACAUGAUGAGUGUUGUACAUGCCAAGCACGCCUCCACAGUGCAGACCUUUGCUGGCUACAGGAAGAUCCAACACCACUACACUGUGCUUGCUGAUGCCAUGAACGUGGAGUUGGCUAAGCAGAUGCAGACGAUCGCCAGUGAUAAUUUGUACAAAAGUGACUAUGAGACAAGCGUCAAAGGCACAGGAUGGAUUCCCAUUGGUUCUCUGGAUGUAGAGAGAGCCAAAACAGCUGGCCUGAUUGGCAGUGAGCAACUGUACCGCCAACACCCCAGCAGCUUUAAGUUUACCAAGGACAUGCACUCCAUGGACGUUGUCCUGGCCAAUGCUAACAAUGCAAUCAUGAACAAGCAAACGUACGUUGACGCCUGGAAUAAGGAUAAGACCUCUGUCCACAUCAUGCCAGACUCAAUGGAGGUGGUGUUGGCCAGAGCCAACAAGAUCAACUCCAGUGCUACACUAUAUAAGCUUGCCAAUGAACAGGACAAGAAGAAGGGUUAUGACCUGCGCAAUGAUGCUAUUGCAAUCCUGGCAGCCAAACAGGGCACAUCCAUUGCUAGCGAUUUCAAAUACAGGGCUGGCUACCGUAAGCAGGUUGGCCACCACAUUGGAGCGCGCUGUGUCGAGGAAGACCCUCUGCUCAUGCUGGCUAUUAACUCAGCCAAGAUUGCCAGUGAUGCUCUGUACAAGAAGGACUUCCAUCAGUCCAAGACCAAGUUCCAUCUCCCAUUGGACAUGAUGGCCUUUGAGUUGGCCAAGAAAAACCAGAUCCAGGUCAACCAUGCCAAAUAUGUAACACGACUGCACAACUGGACCUGUCUGCCAGACUCCACUGAUGUUGUCCAUGCCAGACAUGUCUAUGACAUAGCGAGUGAUGCUGUGUAUAAGGCUGAUCUAAAGAGCCUGCAAGGUAUCGGAUGGGUUCCCAUCGGCUCACUUGAUGUUGAGAAGGCAAAGAAAGCCGCCGAGGUCCUGAGUGAGAAGCUGUAUCGUCAGCACCCAAGCAACUUCAAGUUCACCAGCUCAGUUCAAGACAUUGGAAUGGUUUUGGCUAAACAAAAUAAUGAUAAUGCCAACAAGCAAGCUUACACUAAGGUGUGGGAGAAGGACAAGACCAAGAACCACAUUAUGCCAGAUGCGAUGGACAUUGUUUUGGCCAAUGCAAACAAGUCCAACUACAGUUGGAACCAAUACAGGAAAGCAAUGGUAGAGGAUAAGAAGAAGGGCUAUGAUUUGCGCAAUGAUGCCAUUGCUGUCAUCGCAGCCAAGCACGGCAGGGACAUUAUCAGUGAUCACAAGUACAAGACUGGCUACCGUAAGCAGGUUGGCCACCACAUUGGAGCCCGCUGUGUCGAGGAAGACCCUCUGCUCAUGCUGGCUAUUAACUCAGCCAAGAUUGCCAGUGAUGCUCUGUACAAGAAGGACUUCCAUCAGUCCAAGACCAAGUUCCAUCUCCCAUUGGACAUGAUGGCCUUUGAGUUGGCCAAGAAGAACCAGAUCCAGGUCAACCAUGCCAAAUAUGUAACUCGACUGCACAACUGGACCUGUCUGCCAGACUCCACUGAUGUUGUCCAUGCCAGACAUGUCUAUGACAUAGCGAGUGAUGCUGUGUAUAAGGCUGAUCUAAAGAGCCUGCAAGGUAUCGGAUGGGUUCCCAUCGGCUCACUUGAUGUUGAGAAGGCAAAGAAAGCCGCCGAGGUCCUGAGUGAGAAGCUGUAUCGUCAGCACCCAAGCAACUUCAAGUUCACCAGCUCAGUUCAAGACAUUGGAAUGGUUUUGGCUAAACAAAAUAAUGAUAAUGCCAACAAGCAAGCUUACACUGAGGCGUGGGAGAAGGACAAGACCAAGAACCACAUUAUGCCAGAUGCGAUGGACAUUGUUUUGGCCAAUGCAAACAAGUCCAACUACAGUUGGAACCAAUACAGGAAAGCAAUGGUAGAGGAUAAGAAGAAGGGCUAUGAUUUGCGCAAUGAUGCCAUUGCUGUCAUCGCAGCCAAGCACGGCAGGGAAAUUAUCAGUGAUCACAAGUACAAGACUGGCUACCGUAAGCAGGUUGGCCACCACAUUGGAGCCCGCUGUGUCGAGGAAGACCCUCUGCUCAUGCUGGCUAUUAACUCAGCCAAGAUUGCCAGUGAUGCUCUGUACAAGAAGGACUUCCAUCAGUCCAAGACCAAGUUCCAUCUCCCAUUGGACAUGAUGGCCUUUGAGUUGGCCAAGAAGAACCAGAUCCAGGUCAACCAUGCCAAAUAUGUAACUCGACUGCACAACUGGACCUGUCUGCCAGACUCCACUGAUGUUGUCCAUGCCAGACAUGUCUAUGACAUAGCGAGUGAUGCUGUGUAUAAGGCUGAUCUAAAGAGCCUGCAAGGUAUCGGAUGGGUUCCCAUCGGCUCACUUGAUGUUGAGAAGGCAAAGAAAGCCGCCGAGGUCCUGAGUGAGAAGCUGUAUCGUCAGCACCCAAGCAACUUCAAGUUCACCAGCUCAGUUCAAGACAUUGGAAUGGUUUUGGCUAAACAAAAUAAUGAUAAUGCCAACAAGCAAGCUUACACUGAGGCGUGGGAGAAGGACAAGACCAAGAACCACAUUAUGCCAGAUGCGAUGGACAUUGUUUUGGCCAAUGCAAACAAGUCCAACUACAGUUGGAACCAAUACAGGAAAGCAAUGGUAGAGGAUAAGAAGAAGGGCUAUGAUUUGCGCAAUGAUGCCAUUGCUGUCAUCGCAGCCAAGCACGGCAGGGAAAUUAUCAGUGAUCACAAGUACAAGACUGGCUACCGUAAGCAGGUUGGCCACCACAUUGGAGCGCGCUGUGUCGAGGAAGACCCUCUACUCAUGCUGGCUAUUAACUCAGCCAAGAUUGCCAGUGAUGCUCUGUACAAGAAGGACUUCCAUCAGUCCAAGACCAAGUUCCAUCUCCCAUUGGACAUGAUGGCCUUUGAGUUGGCCAAGAAAAACCAGAUCCAGGUCAACCAUGCCAAAUAUGUAACUCGACUGCACAACUGGACCUGUCUGCCAGACUCCACUGAUGUUGUCCAUGCCAGACAUGUCUAUGACAUAGCGAGUGAUGCUGUGUAUAAGGCUGAUCUAAAGAGCCUGCAAGGUAUCGGAUGGGUUCCCAUCGGCUCACUUGAUGUUGAGAAGGCAAAGAAAGCCGCCGAGGUCCUGAGUGAGAAGCUGUAUCGUCAGCACCCAAGCAACUUCAAGUUCACCAGCUCAGUUCAAGACAUUGGAAUGGUUUUGGCUAAACAAAAUAAUGAUAAUGCCAACAAGCAAGCUUACACUGAGGCGUGGGAGAAGGACAAGACCAAGAACCACAUUAUGCCAGAUGCGAUGGACAUUGUUUUGGCCAAUGCAAACAAGUCCAACUACAGUUGGAACCAAUACAGGAAAGCAAUGGUAGAGGAUAAGAAGAAGGGCUAUGAUUUGCGCAAUGAUGCCAUUGCUGUCAUCGCUGCCAAGCACGGUCGGGAAAUUAUCAGUGAUCACAAGUACAAGUCAGGCUACCGCAAGCAAAUUGGACACCACAUUGGAGCCCGCUGCGUCGAGGAUGACCCUCUGCUCGUGCUGGCUCUGAACUCAGCCAAGAUUGCCAGUGAUGCUCUGUACAAGAAGGACUUCCAUCAGUCCAAGACCAAGUUCCAUCUCCCAUUGGACAUGAUGGCCUUUGAGUUGUGCAAGAAGAACCAGAUCCAAGUCAACGACUUCAACUACAGAACUCGACUGCACAACUGGACCUGUCUGCCAGACUCCAGUGAUGUCGUCCAUGCCAGACAUGUCUAUGACAUAGCAAGUGAGGCGGUGUACAGGGCUGACAUGAAGUGGCUCAGGGGAAUUGGAUGGGUCCCCACUGGCUCACUUGAUGUGGAAAAAGCCAAGAAGGCCGGCGAGAUCUUGAGUGAGAAGAAAUACCGCCAGCACCCCAGCACUCUGGACUUCAAAAGCCCCCUCGACGGCAUGGAUAUCGUUCUGGCCAAAAAUAACGGCCAGAUCAUGAACAAGCGGCAGUAUGUUGAACAAUGGGAUGCUGAUAAGAUCAAAAUCCACGUCGGCAAUGAGCUUCCAGAACUUGUACUGGCCAAGGCCAAUGCGAUCACCAUGAGCAAUAAACUGUACAAACAAGGAUUUGAUGAAACCAUCAAGAAGGGUUAUUACCUUCCUGUCGAUGCUAUCUCUGUCAAGGCUGCCAAGCAUGGUAGAGAGAUUAUCAGCGAUUACAAGUACAAGGCUGGCUACAGCAAGCAGGUUGGCCACCACAUUGGAGCCCGCUGUGUCGAGGAUGACCCUCUGCUCAUGCUGGCUAUUAACUCAGCCAAGAUUGCCAGUGAUGUUCUGUACAAGAAGGACUUCCAUCAGUCCAAGACCAAGUUCCAUCUCCCAUUGGACAUGAUGGCCUUUGAGUUGUGCAAGAAGAACCAGAUCCAAGUCAACGACUUCAACUACAGAACUCACCUGCACAACUGGACCUGUCUGCCAGACUCCACUGAUGUCGUCCACGCAAGGAAAGUCUACGAUCUGCACAGUGACGCUGUCUACCGUGCUGACAUGGAGUUCAUUAGAGGUACUGGCUGGGUCCCCAUUGGCUCUCUGGAUGUGUUGAAAGCUAAGAAAGCUGCAGAGAUUCUGAGCGAUCGCCUCUACAAGCAGAAACCAGAUUCUCUUAAAUACACCACCGACAUGCACUCCAUGCCUAUGGUGCUGGCCAAGGCUAAUGCUGAGAUCAUAAACAAGGGCAACUAUGUUGCACAAUGGGAUGCUGAUAAGAUCAAAAUCCAUGUCGGCAAUGAGCUUCCAGAACUUGUGCUGGCCAAGGCCAAUGCGAUCAACAAUAGCAACAAACUCUACAAAGCUGAAUUAGAGGAGUUGUACAAGAAGGGCUAUAACCUGAAAAGCGAUUGCAUCGCCAUCAAAGCUGCCAAGCAUGGUAGAGAGAUCAUAAGUGACGUCAAGUACAAGGCUGGCUACAGUGAGCAGGUUGGCCACCACAUUGGAGCCCGCUGCGUCGAGGAAGACCCUCUGAUCAUGCUGGCUCUGAACUCAGCCAAGAUUGCCAGUGAUGCUCUGUACAAGAAGGACUUCCAUCUGUCCAAGACCAAGUUCCACCUCCCAGUGGACAUGCUGACCAUUGAAUUGGCCAAGAAAUGCCAGGUCCAGGUCAAUGACUUCAACUACAGAACUCGCCUGCACAACUGGACCUGUCUGCCAGACUCCAGUGAUGUCGUCCAGGCCAGGAAGGUCUACGCUUUGCAUAGUGACGCUGUGUACAGGGCUGAUUUGGAAUGGCUCAGAGGCACUGGCUGGGUCCCUAUUGGCUCGAUCGACGUUGAGAAAGCCAAGAAGGCCGCCGAGAUCCUGAGCGAGAGGAAAUAUCGCGAGCACCCAAGCAAUUUCAAAUUUACCGCCACAACCGACGACAUGCCUUAUGCUUUGGCUACGGCCAAUGCCGAGAUAAUGGACAAGCGCCAGUACGUUCAACAGUGGGAGGCUGAUAAGGUCCAAAUCCACGUCGGCAAUGAGCUUCCAGAACUUGUGCUGGCCAAGGCCAACGCAAUCACCCUAAGCAACAAACUCUACCGUGAGGGAUUUAACGAGAUGAUCGGACAGGGAUAUCACCUGGAUAAGGAUGCCAUUGCUGUCCAACAUGCCAAGAAGAGCAGAGAGAUCAUCAGUGAUUACAAGUACAAGGCCGGCUUCCGCAAUCAGUGUGGCCACCAUAUUGGAGCCCAAUGCGUUGAGGAUGACCCUCUGCUUGUGCUGGCCGCCAAUGCAGCCAGGAUCUCCAGUGAUAUUAACUACAAGAAGGACUUCCACCUUACCAAGACCAAGUUCAGCAUUCCACUUGACAUGAUGUCUGUCGACUUGGCCAAGAAAAGCCAGUUCCAGAUCCAAGAAUUCACCUACAGAACUAAACUGCACAACUGGACCUGCAUGCCAGACAACACUGAUGUUGUCCGCGCCAGGAAGGUCUACUCUCUGCAAAGUGACGCGGUGUACAGGGCUGAUCUGGAGUGGCUCAGAGGGUGCGGCUGGUUGCCCCAGGGUUCUGUGGAUGUCAUCAAGGCUAAGAAUGCCCAAACUAUUCUCAACGAAAGGCUGUACCGCCAGCCCCCCAGCUCAAUCAAGUUCACCAGUGUUGUUGACUCUCCAGAGGUUGUCCUGUCGAAGCAGAACGCUGAGAUCCUCAGUGAUAGGAAAUAUAGAGAGGUUUGGGAUACUGAGAAGACCAAUAUCCACCUGAACAAUGAUCUACCUUCUCUGGUGCUGUCCAAGGCUAAUGCUAUCGCCAUCAGCAACAAACUAUACACUAAGGAUUGGGAUGCCGACAAGGCUAAGGGAUACCACAUCAAGGAGGACGCCAUCGCUGUGCUGAAGGCCAGAAAAUCUAGAGACAUCAUCAGCGACUACAAAUACCACGAGGGCUACCGUAAGCAGGUUGGCCACCACAUUGGAGCCCGCUGCGUCGAGGAAGACCCUCUGAUCAUGCUGGCUCUGAACUCAGCCAAGAUUGCCAGUGAUGCUCUGUACAAGAAGGACUUCAACAAGUCCAAGACCAAGUUCCACCUCCCAGUGGACAUGCUGACCAUUGAACUGGCCAAGAAAUGCCAGGUCCAGGUCAACGACUUCAACUACAGAACUCACCUGCACAACUGGACCUGUCUGCCAGACUCCACUGAUGUCGUCCAGGCCAGGAAAACCUAUGAUCUGCAGAGCGAUGCUGUGUACAAGGCUGAUCUGGAGUGGCUGAGGGGAUGUGGUUGGAACCCCCAUGAGUCUGUGGAGGUCUUGAAAGUGAAACACGCCCAAGCGGUCCUGGCUGAUAGAGGCUACCGUGUCAAGUUGGAUCAGCAGAAGUUCACAGCUCCUGUGGACAGAAUAGACAUGGUUUGCGCCAAGAACGCUGCAGAUAUCCUCAAUGAGGCUAAUUACCGUGCACUGUGGCACACAGAGAAGACUAAGUACACGAUCACAGACACCCCAGGACUGGCAACAGCAAGAGAGGUGGCCAAGAAUCUCCAUCCGAAACUAUACACCAAGGACUGGGAUAAGGUCAAAGCUACCGGCUUCUUCAUGCCCGGAGAUGCUGUUCCCAUCAAGCAGUGCAUCCACAACAAUAAAGUCCAGAGUGACCACAAAUACAAGGCAGAAUAUCGCAAGCAGGCUGGCCACCACAUUGGAGCCCGCUGUGUCGAGGAUGACCCUCUGCUCAUGCUGGCUCUGAACUCAGCCAAGAUUGCCAGUGAUGCUCUGUAUAAGAAGGACUUCAACAAGUCCAAGACCAAGUUCCAUCUGCCAGUGGACAUGUUGUCCUUUGAGCUGGCCAAAAAAUGCCAGGUCCAGGUCAAUGACAACCACUACAGGACCCGUCUACAUAACUGGACCUGUCUGCCAGACUCCACUGAUGUCACACAGGCCCGCAAAGCCUACGACCUUCAGAGUGACGUUGUCUACAAGGCCGAUAUGGAAUGGCUCCGUGGAUGUGGAUGGGUUGCUGCCGAUUGUGUCGAUCACGUCAAAGUCAGAAAUGCCCAGAAGAUCAUGAACGAGAGGCUUUACAAGAAGGAUGCCAAAGACAACUUUGCCAAAUACACACACAUCGUGGAUCGUCCUGAGCAUAUCCUGGCCACCAUCAAUGCUUUUAACCUCAGUGAUCUGAAAUACAAGGAGACCUUCAAUGCGGAGAAGGGCAAGUACAUCGGCUCAGAGGACACACCCCAGCUGGCCCAUAGCAGAGAGGUCGCCAAGGUCAUCAGUGAGAAAUACUACAAACUGGCCUGGGAUGAAAGCAAAGCUACUGGUUACCAGCUGGACGCUCAUUACAUCCCUGUAGUCGGAGCCAAGAAGACCAGGGAGAUUGUCAGCGACGCUAAGUACCAUGACACCCAUGAGAAGGCCAAGGGCCACUACCUGGCUGACACCCUGGUGGACUUCCCUGAGGUGAUGCGCUGUGGAGAACAGGAGAAACAGAAGGGCCUGAGGAAUUACCAGAAGGAGUAUAAUACCAACAAGGCCAAGAACCACAUCCCCGCUGACAUCAUUCCCAACAUGGUGGCUAAGAGGUGCCAGGACAUGCUCAGUGACGUGCUGUAUCGCACCUUACUGCACAACUGGACCUGCCACCCCGACCAGCAGGACCUUAUCAGAGCCCGCAAGAACAAUGAGAUCCUGAGUGAUGUGUACUACAAAGAAGACCUGAGCUGGAUAAAGGGUAUUGGUUGCUAUGUUUGGGACACACCUGAGCUUGUCCGUGCCAAGAAUGCCCACCUGCUGCAGAGCGAUAUCAAAUAUAAGGAGGAGGGUAAGAAGGAAUUCAACAACUACUCCAUCGUGACAGACACCCCUGUCUACGUGACUGCUCUCCUGGGUCACACCUGGGCCAGUGAUCUGAACUAUAGGGAGGCUUACCAGAAAGACAAGCAUAUCUAUACCACCAUUCUGGAUACCUACGACUACGCACACAAUGCCAACCUCAAGGACAUCUACAGCACCAAAACAUAUACAUCUGCCUGGGACAAGAUCAAGGCUAAGGAUUACACGCUGCCAUCAGACUCCCACGCCCUGAAACACGCCAAACAACAGAAGGUCAUCCUCAGCAAUGUUAAAUACAGGGAGGAUUAUGAGAAGUUCAAGUCCCUCUACACCCUGCCCAAGUCCCUGGAGGACGACCCACAAACUCUCCGCUGCCUCAAAGCUGGAAAGAUGGGUCUUGACCGAUUGUACAAGGCGGACUAUGAGAAGACCAAGGCAAAGAACCACAUCCCCCCAGAUAUGCUAGAUGUCGUUUCAGCCCGUCAAACCCAGAACCAUGUCAGUGAGAUCGGUUACAGGAAGCACCUGCACCAGUGGAUCUGUAUGCCUGAUAUGCAGGUGUACGUCCAGGCACGCAAGGUCAACGAGCAGCUCAGCGACAUCUUCUACAAGGAUGACCUGAACUGGCUGAGGGGAAUUGGCUGCUAUGCCUGGGACACCCCUGAGAUCCUGCGAGUCAAGGCUGCUGACAAACUGCAGAGCGAUAACAAGUACAGAGCCAAGGGCAUUGAGGCGUUCAAGGAUUACUCUGUGGUCAUCGACACUCCUACCUAUGAGACAGCAAAACUGAGUUCUCAGAACCUGAGCGAUCUCCACUACCGUCACGACUACGCCACCAAUGUCAAGGGAACUAACUCCUCCCCCGCUGUCACCGUGGAUACAGAGAGGGCACGCCUGGCCAACUUCAACCAGAGUGAUAACUUGUACAAAGAGGCCAACAAGAACUUCAUGCCCACUGGCUACUCUCUUCCCCACGACAAUCCUCUCAUGAAGCAGGCGAAACAAAAUUCCAUUGUUGCCAGCAGCGUGAAGUACAAGAAUGACUAUGAAAAGUCAAAGGCUACGAACUAUACCAUGGACCCAGAAGGUGUCAGCUUCGUCAACAUCAGGAACGCCAACAAGGUCACCAACCCGCGUCUGUACCGUGAGCUGUAUGAGAAGGGCAAGGGCAAGAUCCACACCACCUACGACACACCCGAAAUCAGACAGGUUAAGAUGACCCAGGAGGCCGUCAGCGACUUGUGUUACAAGGGGAAGUACUUUGCUGACAGAGGCACCAUGAUCCCCAUGGGCAUCACUCCCCAGAUGAUACACUGUAACCACGUCAACGAGAUCACCAGUGACCUGAGAUACAAGGAGGACCUUCUGUGGCUGAGAGGCAUUGGCUGCUUCCUGUAUGACACACCUGAGAUGUCUACUGUCCGCAACAUUACCAAGUUUAGAGCCAACUAUGAAGUUGAGGCAAAGAAGAACCGUGCCAACUUCACUGUGGUCCUGGACACACCAGAGUACCAGCGCGUCACUGAGCUAAAGACCCACAUGAGCGACCUGAUGUACAGAGCCCAGGGCAAUGUGGAGAAGACCAAGUGCACCACCACCCUGGACUCCCUCGAUGUCAAGAGAGUCAAAUGGGCCCAACAGCUCAGCAACAAGUAUAUGUACACUGACCUGGCCUCCAAGGAGAGGGCCCACUUCACUCCGGAGGUGGACACCCCCAUAAUGGACCACGCCAGGGCUAUGAAGGUGGUCUUCAGCGAGAUCAAAUACAAAGAUCAGUAUGAGAAGAUGAAGCACAAGUACACUAGCAUCCAUGACACACCCAUCCUGGUCCGGGCCAAGAAGGCCUACCUACAAUCCAGUGAUCUGCGCUACAAGGAGAGCUUUGAGCGAUCCAAGGGACACUACCACAGUGUCAAGGAUGCCCUGGAUAUCGUGUGUCACCGUAGGGUCACCGAUGACAUCAGCGAGGUUAAAUACAGAGAGAAGUACAUCAACUCUCUGGGUACAUGGAGAUCCAUGCCCGACCGUCCCGAGUUUUUCCACAGCAGAAUCAUCGGUGAAAACGUCAGCGAUAUCAAGUACAAGGAGGAUCUGGAUUGGCUGAAGGGUAUUGGCUGCUACGUGUGGGACAGACCUGAGAUGGUCCAGGCUGAGAAGAACAAGGUCCUCUUCAGUGAGAGACUCUAUAAAGCGACUUUCGAGAAGAACAGACACCACUUCAAGUAUACCUGUGACACUCCAUUCUUCCAGGCCACCAAGAAUGCCUCCGUUAUUAUCAACGAUAGGCACUAUAGAGCAGCCUAUGAGAAGACCAAGGAUAAGUACAGCAGUGUGUUGGAUGAUCCUAGAAACCUCCUGGCUAAGGAGAACGCCAAGAAUAGCCAGAACAAAUAUAGAUCCAGGGCCAGGGUGCUCUUAAAGAACGGCUGCAAUGAGCUGCUCCGCCCAGACAUCCUCAGCGCCAUUUACCAGUCCAGGGAGCAGUGUAAGUGGAAGUACAGGGAGCAGUAUGAGCGUGCUAAGAGCAAGUUCACCUCCAUCCUGGAGACUCCCGAGCAUGAGAGCCACAAACGCAGCAAAGCCAUCAGAGACAAUGUCUACAAGAUGGAGUAUAACAAGAACAAGGCUAAGGGCUACACCCUGGGCCAUGACACUCCACACAGCACACACAUGAAGAAGGUCAAGGAGAUCACCAGCGUGCUGAAGUACAAGGAGGUAUAUGAGAGGAGCAAGGCCCAGAUCAACAUGGACCCUGAUUCCUUUGAAAUCCGCGCUGCCAAGGAAGCCUACAAGAACAUCAGCAAUCUGGACUACAGGAAGAAGUACCAGGCCACCAAGAACAAGUGGAUCUGGACCGUCGACAGACCUGACUUUAUCCAAGCUGCCAAGGCCAACUUCCAGCAGAGUGAUAUUGAGUACACGUAUGACAAGGAGAUGAUGAAGGGCUGUGUGAUCUCCAUCGUGGACGACAAGUUAGCCGUCCUGGCUAAGAUGAAUGCUGACUUAAGCAAUGUGAAAUACAGAGAGAAGUAUGAGAAGGCAAAGGGUCAGUAUAAGACUGUUCUGGACACUCCUACUAACCUUCAUGCCAAGUCAGUGCGCAUUCUGGCAUCUGAGAGCAAAUACAAGCUGGCUGGCAAGAUGGAGCAGCAGACCGGACAAUUCACCACUCUGCCCACGACCCGUGACACCAUUCACGCCAAGGACAUGGGCAAACUGGUCAGCGAGAAACAGUACAAGCAGAAGUUUGAGAAGGAGAAGGGCAAGUCCAAGUACAAUAACAUGAGAGUGCCUCCCGAUGUGCAGCACGCCAUGGACGUAGCCAAGAAUCAGAGCAAUUUUGCCUACAGGCAGGAGGCUAAGGCCAAGCUCAACUACACCUCUGUGGCUAUGCGCCCAGACAUCAUGAGGGCUACACAGGCCUCCAAGCUCGCCAGCAAUAUUGGCUACCGUGAGAAGGCUCGCCAGGAGGCUGCCCAUGGAGGUUCCCUGGUCCACCGUCCAGACAUCGCUCUGGCCACUGCGGUGUCCAAGCUUAACAGCCAGGUGCAGUACAAGGCCAAGUAUGACAAGGAGAAGGGACUCAGGCCAAAGUAUGACAUGAAGGAAAGUGUUGUUUACAAGACUCAGAAGGAUGCACACCAGCUGGCUAGUGAGGUGAAGUACAAGGGCGACCUGAAGAAGCUGCACAAACCUGUAACCGACAUGGCAGAGUCUCUGUCCAUGCAGCAUAACCUGAGCACCAGCAAGCUGUCCAGUGACUACCAGUACAAGAAGAAACAUGAGGACAGUAAGGGUCACUACCUCAUGAUUGCUGACUCACCAGAACAGCUUCAUCACAAGGAGGCUUCAGAACUACAGAGUCACGUGAAGUACAAGGAGAAGUAUGAGAAGGCUAAAGGAAAGGCCAUGCUGGACUUCGAGACCCCCACCUAUGUGACGGCUAAGGAAGCCCAGCACAUGCAAAGCGCGAAAGACUAUCAUAAGGAAUAUGAGGAGUCCAUAAAGGGAAAGAACCUCUCAGGCUUGGAGGUCACCCCUGCCAUGUUACAUGUCAGACAUGCCACCAAAAUAGCCAGCGAGAGAGAUUACAGGAGGGAUCUAGAGGAGGGGGUGAAGGGUAAAGGGCUAACUGUUUUUGAGGAAACUCCUGAGCUUUUGAGAGCAAGGAACGCCACUGCUAUCCUGAGUCAGAAAGAGUACAAGAAGACAUUGGAGACAGAGAUCAAGGGCAAGGGAAUGUUGGCAUUGGCUACAGACACGCCAGACUUCAUGAGGGCUAGGAAUGCUACAGACAUCCUCAGCCAGCAAAAGUACAAGCAGACUGCUGAGGCGGACAGGGCUAGCUACACUAGUGUUAUCGACACCCCUGACAUCCUCCACGCACAAAAUAUCAGGAACAUGGUCAGCCAGAAAAAGUACAGGGAGGAGGCUGAGAAGUGCAUGUCUCACUAUGUGCCCGUCCUGGACACCCCUGAGAUGAUGAGAGUCCGUGAGAAUCAGAAGAACUUCAGCACUCUUCAGUACCAGACAGACCACCUUAAAAACGUAAAAGGCAAAGUGUCGUCAAUAAAGGAAAGCCCUGAAAUUCUUUGUGUUAACGAGAAUACAAAAAAUUUCAGUUGGAUUUGGUACAAAGAGGACUUGGGAGGAGGAACAGCUCUGUCAGACACCCCAGAGAUGGACAGAGUUAAAUGCAAUCAGACAAACAUUAGCACGGUACACUAUAGGGACUCGUUGUGUCGGGGCACAGCCAUCUCAGACCUACCGGGGGUGAAGAACGUUCGUGAGAUGCAGAAGAACAUCAGCUCGAUUCAGUACAAAGAGGAGCCUAUAUCAGACCCCCCAGAGAUGGACAGAGUUAAACGCAACCAGCAACACAUUAGCAUGAUAAAGUACAAGGACUCGUUGUGUCGGUGCACAGCCAUCUCAGACCUACCGGAGGUGAAGAGGGUUCGUGAGAUGCAGAAGAACAUCAGCUCGGUGUUGUAUAAGGACAGUUCUGCCAAAGGAACGCCCCAGGUGUUCACUCCAGAGAUGGAGAGAGCGAAACGGAACCAAGAACAGAUUAGCUCGGUGCUGUACUCUGACAGCUUCCGUAAACAGGUGCAGGGCAAGGCUGCCUUUGUGCUGGACACACCUGAGAUGAGACGCGUCAAGGAGACCCAGCGCAACAUCUCUGGAGUGAAAUACCACCAGGACUUUGAGAAGAGUAAGGGCAGCUUCACUCCCACCACCUCUGACCCCGUGAUGGACCGUGUGAAGAAGAACACCCAGGAGUUCAGCGACAUCAACUACCGUGGCAUCCAGAGACGUGUGGUGGAGAUGGAGAAGAGACGCGUGGUGGAGCACGAACAGGAGACAGUCACCGAUCUGCGUGUAUGGCGCACCAACCCCGGCUCUGUGUUUGACUACGACCCUGCUGAGGACAACAUCCAGUCCAGGAGUCUGCACAUGAUGUCAGUCCAAGCCCAGCGUCGCAGCAAGGAGCACUCCCGCUCCACCAGCGCUAUGAGUGGUGUUGGCGAUGAGAAGUCUGAGGUGUCUGAGGACCCAGCCCACCACGUGUCCCUGUACAGCAACGGCUUUGCUACCUCCUCCAUGGGUUACACACACACCAAGACCGUGGAGCUGCAGCAGAGGUCUUCCUCUGUAGCCACACAGCAGACCACCGUGUCCUCUGUCCCCUCCCACCCUUCCACCACCGGGAAAACUGUGCGUGCCAUGUAUGACUACUCCUCUGCCGACAUGGACGAGGUCUCCUUCAAGGAUGGUGAUGUUAUCGUAAACGUGCAGUCCAUCGACGAGGGCUGGAUGUACGGCACUGUGCAGCGCUCAGGCAAGACUGGCAUGCUGCCGGCCAAUUACGUUGAAGCAAUCUAAAGACAAGUCCCACCCCCCCCCUCCCCCGGAGUGGGUGAGACACAUCCACCUGGCCACCAUCUACGGCUGAAUCUGUCGCUUCGUAAACCUGUUAUAUGUGUAGACUAUCGCUUAGAUUAGAUUUUUGUAGCUGUAGUCUAUAUGCAAUUCUUGUUGAUGCCCGUUUCCCAAGGCCCUGUGGAUGUGACAUGAGAAGCUGAAAUGUAUAAAUAUCUAUAUAGACUACUGUAGAAGAACAUUCAUCAUUUUCCAAGACCUUAUCUUGAAAGAACAAUGACGAAAAGCCCAUUAUUUUGUAAAUUGCAGACAGAACCUUAUUUAACCAAUGUCGGUUAAAUAUUUUUGAAAAGCUUUACUGAAAGUUAACUUUCACACAAAAACAGAUGAGCUUACAUGCGACGAUAGGAAAGUGUAACGUAUGGAGAGAAUAAAGUUGUUUAAUCACCUAAAAGCACAAGGGGUUGAUGAAGAAAAGACGUGUAACCAGGGGUCUGUUCCUGAGGAUGUAACAUUACGGAACGUUCAGAUAAGAAUAUAGUGUAGAACAGAUAUGAAUAGAGCGGACACGAUUCCCUAUUCUUAUUUCUGUCAGCGAGUUUCACCUCCCCGAAUACACCCGUUUGAGAGUUCUAAGAGAAGCCUCUUCCCUCCUGAAGUAGCCGAAGGCUGGUCACUCAUUGCAUGUGUUUCGUUCCCUCGUCUGGGGGUAAAAUACCUUCGAUCAGUAGAUAAUAAAACACCAACCUGCUGCACUA